AUGCAAGAACACCUUUCUCUGCCCACCUACUGUAAUACCACCGGAAAUAAAUUUCGAUGCCAAGCUUCUGCUUGUUUAUGGCUGCAUAAAGUCGUAUUGAACUUGCCGAAAUUCAUGAUAACCAGACCAUUGUUUAUCGAGCAGUGUUCAUUCAUGCUUGUAUUUUUCUUUCUGAGUUGUUGUCUGUUCCUAUACGCGCUGUACUUGACUAAAAACGAUCCAGAGAUUAAAAUCCGCUACAAGAUCCUCUUGACAAUCCCGAGCUUAGUUUUUGAGCUCAUCAUUGGAUUUUUGCUGUUUUACUCCACAAUCACAUCCAUAUUUGAGUAUUCACGCACUGCUUCCCUCAAUCCCGAAUAUUAUUCUUCUGCUUUCAUCAUUUUUUCCUUCAUCAUUUCGAUUUUUUACGCAUUUUUGAUCGUUUUGCAUUCUGUGACAAUAUAUUAUAUUGUUAUCAGCCCGAUCCAAACAUAUUCACCUUCCGACACAAAUUAUUCCGAUUUUCAAGGAAGUCGAAGAGCUCAUUCGAUCCAUUACGAGGGGAUGAAAAGUCCUUCAGUCGCUCCAUUGCUUUCGGACAACUAUGGAAGUCCCGUUCACGGCUGGAAUGACACUCAGACAACGUAUUCUCAAGUUCGUAGUUUGAACGGAACCAUUCGAACUUCAAGAACAAUGAAUAGCCGAAGAUCAUUGAGAAAUCGCGAAAUGGGCGAUAAUGACUAUGAAUAUUUGGAAGUGCUCUAG